AUUUCUCUCUCCUUAAGAACCCCCAAACAAACCCUCAAUCCCACCCCCAAAAUCUCCUCGCUCUUUCUCUCUCUAAAAUCAAAACCCCAAAUCUCUCUCCCUCUCUCCAAAACCUAACCCCAUCUCUCUCUCUCUCUCAGCCAUGAACCGCCGCGCACGCACCACCCACCGGUCCACACCCAACCGGUCGUCGCCGUUCCUCAAGUUCCUCAAGCCCGGAGCCCUAGCCCAAAUCCGAGACUCGCGAAUCAGCAGCUCCAGAUCUCACAGAAUCAACUGGAUCUCCCAGAUCCGCUCCACUCCGCCGAUGUCCCCGUCCGCCGCCGACGCCGGUCUCCCACAGGUCACCGUCGCCGCCGACGGAUUCCCUUGCUUCUCCGGCAGGAUCUACGGCCCGAGAUGCCCCCAGAGGAAGAAGCUCGUGGCCGGAAAGUCUGUGAUGUUCCUCAGGCCGCCGCCGAGUCCGGUAUCCGACUUGCCCGAUCCGAUUAUCGAUGUGUUUAGUAGUGAUAUUCUUGCUGCACAUUAAUAAAUUGAAUCCAAUUGGACAUGUUGUAGAUCAAUUAAUAUGUAUGGUGCUUUGGCGGAAGAUUUUCUUAGAUACAACUGAGAUUAUUAAUAAAAUUUACCAAAUUAUUCUGUAUUUGAUGUGUUUUUU